UGGGAGCAGCGGCCUCGGACCCCCGCCGGGAGCCUCCGGACGGACAGACUGACUGACUGACUGACCGACGGCGGGAGCCCCUGCCCGGCCCGCGGGAGCCCGGCCGGCCCGGCCCAGCCCAGCCCAGCCCAGAGGCGGCGGCGGAGGAGGAGGAGGAGGCCCAGGCGCCCAGGCCCCCGCUUCGGCGGCCGGACCCCAGGACCAGGACGAGGCCCCCGCCCGUUCAUGAGCGGCCCCGCCGAGAUAAGUUUACAUGUAUUGCAGACCAGACCAGAAGUACUUCUGAUUUCAGAUCUGUGAGUCUUGGAGGUGUCUGCAAAGCAAAUCUUUAAGAUCAGAAAAUGAGUGAGCUUGACCAGUUACGGCAGGAGGCCGAACAACUGAAAAACCAAAUUAGAGAUGCUAGAAAAGCAUGUGCAGAUGCAACUUUGUCUCAGAUCACAGCCAACAUUGAUCCAGUGGGUCGAAUCCAAAUGCGCACUAGAAGAACACUGAGGGGACAUUUGGCUAAAAUUUAUGCAAUGCAUUGGGGCACUGAUUCCAGGCUUCUAGUUAGUGCCUCCCAAGAUGGCAAACUCAUCAUUUGGGACAGCUACACCACAAACAAGGUCCACGCCAUUCCUCUGCGCUCAUCUUGGGUCAUGACCUGUGCAUAUGCACCUUCUGGCAACUACGUAGCCUGUGGUGGGCUUGACAACAUCUGCUCCAUUUACAAUCUGAAAACUCGUGAGGGAAACGUGCGUGUGAGUCGUGAGCUGGCUGGACACACAGGUUACUUGUCAUGCUGCCGCUUCCUGGAUGAUAAUCAAAUUGUCACCAGCUCUGGAGACACCACUUGUGCUUUGUGGGACAUAGAGACUGGCCAACAGACAACCACCUUCACUGGGCAUACUGGGGACGUCAUGAGUCUUUCUCUUGCCCCUGACACCAGAUUAUUUGUUUCUGGGGCUUGUGAUGCUUCAGCUAAACUGUGGGACGUUCGAGAAGGAAUGUGUCGGCAAACUUUCACCGGCCACGAAUCUGACAUCAACGCCAUUUGUUUCUUUCCAAAUGGCAAUGCGUUUGCCACAGGUUCGGAUGAUGCUACCUGCCGGCUCUUCGACCUCCGAGCCGACCAGGAGCUGAUGGUGUAUUCCCAUGACAACAUCAUCUGUGGGAUCACCUCUGUGUCCUUCUCCAAGAGCGGCCGCCUCCUGCUGGCUGGAUAUGAUGACUUCAAUUGCAACGUCUGGGAUGCACUCAAGGCAGACAGAGCAGGUGUUUUGGCUGGGCACGAUAAUCGUGUCAGCUGCCUGGGAGUUACCGAUGAUGGCAUGGCGGUGGCGACGGGAUCCUGGGAUAGUUUCCUCAAGAUAUGGAACUAACACCUUUAGAUAAUAGAUGGACUCCGCCAUGACUGGAAGACCAUUCCAACCUUGGAAGAGUUACCGUGACAGCAUAUCCAACCCAAGCGUACUAACUCGGACACCCUCACACCUCCCUCUCAGAACUUCAAAAGGGCAAGAUCUUUUCCCCUCCCCUAUUGCUGAAACAAAGAGCACAACUCCCUCUACAAGAAGAAUCUCUGUGGUUGUAAACAAACAAAUUGUGCAUUCCUUUGGGACCAUGGUCAUUGUUUUCCUUUUUUUUUUUUUUCCUUUUUUUUUUUUUGUCUUGAAUGAAUAUGAAAAGGAAAUACUAGAAUAAAAAUGUUCACCAGAAGUUAUGUCUGGGUAAUUGUGACACAGGCCCACAGCUGAUUUUUCACUGUCUUUGAUUUAAAUUUUAGACCAGUGAUACUGUUUUGUGAACACACAACAAGUUGAGAACUUUGUUUUAUCUCAUAACAGUUCCAAAAUUCAAAGUCAUGUUUGUAGCAGGGUUUUGAAAAUAUUCUUAUUUCCUUUUUUAAAUAGAUUACUUUAUGGUCAAUAAUGAAGCAAAACAAGAGGGUCCUGCCCAGCCUCUCUGGGAUUGUUGAUGAUGUAAAUUUAGUCCCUGAUUUUUUUAUUAUUUUUUUGUCUGGUGUCUCAGAUAAUUGUUGCUGCACAAAAAAAAUAUGGCAUAUAGAGAAUAAUGUUAAGAAGUAAGGUAACCAAGCACACACAUGCUGUUAAUGGUAUUGAAUGCUUGUUUCAAGAACCUUUCCCUCUUUGUGAGUAGUUAACUCCAAUCUGUCCUCCCGUUUCUUUUCCCUUCUGCUCCUCUCUCCCCACCAGUUAAGUUUUCAUCUACUUUGGGUUUCUUUGUGCAGUUGGAGGGCAGUUCAUAUUACCCUAACACUACCCAGGACCCCCAACUAUCAGGAACCUCGAUUUUCAAGAGAGAUGCCUGUCCUGUGCUUGGAUAGUCGGUCGAUUCUUUGUGUAUGAAAUGAUGUACAAAUCAAUGUUUUGAAAAUAAUGAUCUUGAACUUUCUAAGUUAAAACAAAUUUUUGAUUGUUUGCCAUAUUGGGUGGGUUUACUCUUAGAAUCGCAUGCUGUAGAAAUGCUAAAAACAAAAAACAAAACAAAAAAAUGCAUAUCGGACUAAGUCCUUAGGUGUUUUUUUUCUUUUCAGAAAUAACCUGUUUAAAGUUGUAACCAUUGCCGCUCUACUUACUUCUUGUGGCUACCGGGCGCAUGAGCCCCUGCGGGAUCCCCCUCAGACCCGCCCCGGCUCUAUGCGCCCUCCCGAGUAGCCUAUGGCUCCCUCCUGCCCCGCCCCCACCGGACGGUUGCUGGCGGAGGUUCCUGAGGACCGUCCUCUCUGUUAGUCCUUCACAGCCCGGCCCUCUUGUAGAAUGAGUCCCUGGUAUCGAAUGGUCCUUUUUGUAACGGCCAGGUUUUCCUGGUUUUCUUUUCAAAUAAAAUAUUCCGCAGCAGCGUCUGGACAGUAGAUUGUUCUCUUAACUCUCCUCCCUUCUCAUGUAUCCAGAAGUGCUCCUCCUUAGCAGCUCUAGUGGCUUCUCUCCAUUCUGUUUUUUCUGCAACAUUCUGUACAAAAAAAAAAAAAAAAAAUGUGCUGUAAUCGUGCGUUAGGCCUGGACUUGGCAAAGAGAAAAAAAAAGAAACCUCUUUCUCCCCCGCCCUCCCGUUCUCUCUCCAUGAGAUCCCUGGUAGAGCUCUCCACACCCUGUGUCCCUUUUCACCUUUUGUAUUUAAUUUUAAAGUCAGUGUACUGCAAGGAAGCUGGAUGCAAGAUAGAUACUAUAUUAAAAUGUACUGUUAUUUAAGAUGUAAUAAAGCAGUUUGACAUGA